AAGCGCGUACGGUCAACUAUUAUACUAGGUUGGAGUGUUUGGAAAAAAGUGAAGUCAGGCCAAAGUUUUUACAGAAUAAUCUCAACACACAUUCUGUACACCAGUAUUAACAGCAAAAACCAACAAACCCCUGCUUUCUUGCAUUUUCUGAUGCAAUCAUAAACACAAAGGACUGGUUGGAGGAGAUGAUUACGCUCACAAAUUAAAGUUGUUAGAGCUAGCUCGCUAGCUAAAGAAAACGAGAAGGAGCGUGGCUGGCCAUGGCUCAGGAGGCAGCGACGCAGUACGAGCGCGUGGCAGAGAUUGGAGGCGGGGCCUAUGGCACGGUGUACAAGGCCCGGGACCGGCUGAGCGGCCAGUUCGUGGCGCUGAAGAGCGUUCGGGUCCAGACGGACCAGGACGGUCUCCCUCUGUCCACGGUCCGCGAGGUGGCCCUGCUGAAGCGGCUGGAGCAGUUUGACCAUCCCAACGUGGUCAAGCUGAUGGACGUUUGCGCCACCCUGCGCACGGACCAGGAGACGAAGGUGACCCUCGUCUUCGAGCACGUGGAUCAGGACCUCAAGACCUACCUGGAGAAGGCUCCAUCUCCUGGGCUUCCUGCCAGCCAGAUCCAGGACCUAAUGCGGCAGUUGCUGUGCGGGCUGGCCUUCCUCCACUCCAACUGCAUCGUCCACCGCGACCUGAAGCCGGAGAACAUCCUGGUGACCAGCCGAGGACAGGUCAAGCUGGCCGAUUUCGGACUCGCCCGCAUCUACAGCUGCCACAUGGCCCUCACCCCAGUGGUGGUCACUCUGUGGUACCGCGCCCCCGAGGUUCUCCUGCAGUCGUCCUACGCCACUCCGGUCGACAUCUGGAGCACCGGCUGCAUCUUCGCCGAGAUGUUUCGACGCAAGCCCUUGUUCCGCGGAGAGUCAGAAGUGGAUCAGCUGGGAAAGAUUUUUGAAGUGAUCGGCCUACCGGCAGAAGAGGACUGGCCCGCUGAUGUCACGCUGUCACAGCGCAACUUCGGCCCGCUCAGCCACCGUCCAAUCACUGACUUUGUUCCUGAGAUCAGCCACCAGGGGGCAGACUUGCUGCUGGAGAUGUUGACCUUUGACCCCCUACGACGAAUCUCAGCCCUGAACGCAUUGGACCAUCUGUAUUUUCAGGAGGGGUGAUGAUGUCUGGCGUUGGAAGGGGAGGGGUUUGAUGAACAAAGUCGGUAAAGGGUGGAGUGGAAGAAAGGGUUAAUUGCACCUGUGGGGAACGUAACAGGAGGACAGUGAGCCGUAGGUGCAACUUGAACGCCAGUGGUUUCUGGAUUUGGAACAAUGCAAUCCCUCGUAUCUAUGCCCUAGUUCGUUCUUCAGGAAAGCCUGCGGGACUCCUAAUGGUGCUCCAUCAUAAUAUACUGCCUUAUAAGAAGCAAGGGAACAUUCCGUUUGAGAAAAAAGGGGUUGAGAGUGAGACAGACUUAACACUGGGAUGGAAAAGUGAGGGAAACACUUUUGAGUUUGGGACCAAUUUGUGGGAGGAGGAAUCCCAAAGCAACCAGCAAACUGCUGCUGGCAUUCAGGCAACAUGUGUCCUCGACCUUGACCGAGUGAAAAUUCAAGGUUUUUUUUCUUCACAAGAAAAUUUUGUUGUGUAGAGAAAUCACAAAAAAUUGCCAAACUGAGUUAAUGAAGAAAGACAUUUACUUGCAGGUCAAAGUUCAGAGCGCACAUGUUGAUUGAAUGCAAGUCUGAGUAUCACUAACGGCCCUUGGUUGUCUUUUAAUCCUAUAUUUUAUAUUUUUAAGGAAUAUCUGUGGGAAUAACGGCAAGUGAUAUUAACUCUGCUUUUUUUGUUUUGUUUUGGGAGUCAUUUCAAACAUUUCAACGGCUCAAUUGGUUGAGUGGGGGAAAUGCGCGUGGUGCGUUGGCCGCGCACACUGACGUCUUUGUGGACGGAGAUCGAGCCGAACAGCGUUUCUGUCUGAGCACACCCGUCAGUCCUAGCUGCAUUCCUGCGUUUCGCUCCGCUCAUAACUUUGGGGAAAACAUUCCAUCACUUGCUAACCAAAACAUGGGUAUUGAUUCAACGUAACGCAAAGUUAAUGUUUUGAUAUUACCAUGGUUAUUAAAUGCUGCUUUCCUUUCA